GGUGAAUACAUACCGACUCCCUUCCCCGAAUCGGGUCCUCGUGUUGAUGGCGACGGUGUUCCCGAUCAGAGUUAGGGGUCACCGCCUUCACUCCCCGAGAGUGCCCCCGAUACCCUAACAAUGUUGUCACCCCGUCUGUAUCACUUCAUCCCCCAAAUUCCAACACAAUUUUAUUAAACAAAAAUUCCCCUUAACUCUCACUACAAAAUCAGUCUUCUCACCUAAUUUUUCUCAACAAAAGCCCCAAAAGUUUCGGUCUUUAACGUCCGAUCAUCAACUAACAGACACAUUGUUAAAAAAAGAUUGUAACUUUGAUCAGAUUCAUGGGUUCUUUCUCCUGCCAAAUGGGUAUUUGUAUAUGGGUUUUCUUGUUCAUUUUCGGAUCAGUUUUUGCGGACUCAAAAGUGGAAAACGGGUCGGUUUUAAUUGAUGGGGAAAGUGGGAUUGCAGAAACAGAUAGUAACUUUGUUUGUGCUACUAUGGAUUGGUGGCCACCUGAGAAGUGUGAUUAUGGUACUUGUAGCUGGGGUCAGGCUUCUCUUCUUAAUGUGGAUCUUAGCAACAACAUUUUUCAGAAUGCAAUCAAAGCCUUUUCGCCUUUAAAGAUUAGAUUAGGAGGCAGUUUACAAGACGAACUUGUCUAUGAAACCGAAGAUCAAACAGAACCCUGCAUCCCCUUCUCCCAAAACACCUCGGCAAUGUUCGGUUUUAAUCCGGGCUGCCUGCCUCUAUCCCGAUGGGAUGAACUUAACAACUUCUUUAAUGAAACCGGCGCUAAAAUCAUAUUUGGAUUAAAUGCUCUAAACGGAAGGGAAGUGCAUGCUGACGGUUCAACUGUUGGAGCGUGGGACUCCACCAAUGCUGAAUCGUUUAUACGUUACACGGUUAAAAAGAACUAUACGAUGUACGCUUGGGAACUCGGAAAUGAGUUAUGCGGAAGUGGAGUUGGAGCAAGAGUCACAGCAGCCCAAUACGCGACUGAUACAACGACUUUGAGUAACAUAGUAGAAGAGAUAUACGAUGGUAUCGGGCCUAAACCACUAAUUAUUUCACCAGGAGGGUUCUUUGACGCAAAUUGGUUCAAGGAGUUUAUUAACAAAACAACCGACAUUCUCGAUGUGGUCACUCACCAUAUAUACAAUCUUGGAGCUGGAGUUGAUAAAGGCCUAGUUGAAAAGAUUCUUAAUCCGUCUUAUCUUGAUGGAUUGGCGGAUCCGUUUAAGCAGCUCGAGAACAUUCUAGAGACGUCAGGAACGUCGGCCUCUGCUUGGGUUGGUGAGGCUGGUGGAGCUUACAAUAGUGGCCAUCAUCUUGUGACUGAUGCGUUUGUGUUUAGCUUUUGGUAUUUGGAUCAGCUAGGAAUGUCAGCUGUUUACGACACAAAGACAUACUGUCGACAAACGUUAAUCGGAGGAAAUUACGGCUUGCUAAACACAACUACUUUCGAACCAAAUCCUGAUUAUUACAGCGCUCUUCUUUGGCAUCGACUAAUGGGGGAAACGGUUCUCUCCACAAACUUUACCGGCAGCAAGAAAAUGCGCUCUUAUGCACAUUGUGCCAAAGAAUCUGACGGAAUAACGCUCCUGCUUAUAAAUCUCGACAACUUGACCACGAUUAAUGUAAAUUUGUCAGCUAACACACUACUCAAAUCUCGGGCACAAAUUGAAUUGGUGACCCAAGAUACAAAAACGGGUGAAUCAACAACACGAGAGGAAUACCAUCUGACAGCAAAAGACGGAGACUUGCAUAGUCAAACGAUGAUGCUUAACGGGAAUGAGUUGACCGUGAAUUCGGCUGGUGACAUACCUCCAUUGGAGCCUUUGCUUGUAAACUCAUUGGAGCCAAUAUCCGUGGCUCCUUAUUCGAUAGUGUUUGUCCACAUCCCGUAUCUUACUUUGAAUGCUUGCGGGAAUUUGGUCAUGGAGUUUUAAGAGUACAGAAACUCGCUGCAAGUUGUAUUCGUAUUUUCUCGCUUGUUCUCAUGCGAAUACUUGUAGUAGUCUUUGAGUUGAGGAUGCUUGUUUGAGUCAUGUAAAUAGCUUUUGAAAAUAAUGAGUUGCUGCAAGAAAAUUUCUUUAGAUUC